GCGACUUUUGAAGUCGAAACAGUUGUCAGUCCUGCGCGCCGCCUCUGGUCGCCCUGCCCCGCUGCCCGUAACUCCGCGGACCUUUGGUCGUUUACAGUUUAGAGAAAGCCGCGUUUUCAAAUUCUUGUGGGUUCGGAACCUUACCGAGCUGCAGAGCGCAACAAAGGAAGGAGAACCCGGCGCCUGCAGCCGGAGCAGAGCCCAGGCGGCUGCCGAGAGGCGCGCGAGACCCCCGCCCCGCCGCGCGCCCACCGCCUCGUUUUCUCCCUCUCUUGCCCUAGUCUUGGAAGCGAUGGAGGAGGCCGAGGCCGACUGCGCCGUAGCGUUUGCCGAGGCCCAGAGAUGGGUGGAGGCAGUAACAGAGAAGAAUUUUGAAACAAAGGACUUUCGAGCCUCUUUAGAGAAUGGUGUUCUGUUGUGUGAUUUGAUUAAUAAGCUUAAACCUGGUGUCAUUAAGAAGAUCAAUAGACUGUCCACACCAAUAGCAGGUUUGGAUAAUAUAAACGUUUUUUUGAAAGCUUGUGAACAGAUUGGAUUGAAGGAAGCCCAGCUUUUUCAUCCUGGAGAUCUACAGGAUUUAUCAAAUCGAGUCACUGUCAAGCAAGAAGAGACUGACAGGAGAGUGAAAAAUGUUUUGAUAACGUUGUACUGGCUGGGAAGAAAAGCACAAAGUAACCCUUACUAUAAUGGUCCAUAUCUUAAUUUGAAAGCGUUUGAGAAUCUUUUAGGACAAGCUCUGACUAAGGCCCUUGAAGAGUCUAGCUGCCUGAAAAGAAGUGGCAGGGACAGUGGUUACGGUGACAUUUGGUGCGCUGAAAGGGGUGAAUUUCCUGCUCCUCCGGGCAACCAUCAGAGAGAAGAUUCAUUUGAAAGCUUGGACUCUUUGGGGUCUAGGUCAUUUACAAGCUGCUCCUCUGAUAUCACGCUGAGGGGUGGACGUGAAGGUUGCGAAAGUGACACAGAUUCUGAAUUUACAUUCAAAAUGCAGGAUUAUAAUAAAGAUGAUAUGUCCUAUCGAAGGAUUUCAUCCAUUGAACCAAAGUCUGCUUUACCAUUCAAUCGUUUUUUACCCAACAAAAGUAGACAGCCGUCCUACGUGCCGGCACCCUUGAGGAAGAAGAAGCCGGACAGAAAUGAGGAUAAUAGAAGAAGCUGGGCAAGCCCUGUCUGUGCAGAAGCAGAUGGAACAUUUCCAAGUAACGAGAGGAGAACUUGGAGCACAAAUGUGAAGAACUGGCCAACAGUACAUGAAACUUCAAAUUCCUCUUGUUACUUGGAAGAGGAAGAAGAAAAGGCAAGCAUACCCAACAUUGUAAAGGAUGAUCUUUAUGUGCGAAAGCUAAGUCCAAUCAUGCCAAACCCAGGGAACGCUUUUGAUCAGUUUCUUCCCAAAUGUUGGAUCCCAGAAGAUGUGAACUGGAAAAGAAUAAAAAGAGAAACUUAUAAACCAUGGUAUAAGGAAUUUCAGGGAUUCAGUCAGUUUUUAUUACUUCAGGCCCUCCAAACGUAUUCUGAUGACAUCUUGUCUUCUGAAACAAAUAUCAAAAUUGAUCCCACGGCUGGCCCAAGGCUCAUAACACGCAGGAGGAAUCUCUCUUAUUCACCAGGGUAUCGAAGAGGUGACCUUGAGAUGUCAGCCCUGGAUCCUGACUUAGAGAAUGAUGAUUUCUUUGUCAGAAAGACUGGGGCUUUCCAUGCCAAUCCAUGUGUUCUCCGGGCUUUCGAAGACUUCAGGAGGUUUUCUGAGCAGGAUGAUCCUGUAGAGAGAGAUAUAAUUCUUCAGUGUNNGGAAGGUGAACUUGUACUUCCAGAUCUAGAAAAAGAUGAUAUGAUUGUUCGCCGAAUUCCAGCACAGAAGAAAGAGGUGCCUCUGUCGGGGGCCCCAGAUAGAUACCAACCAAUUCCCUUUCCUGAACCUUGGACUCUUCCUCCAGAAAUUCAAGCAAAAUUUCUCUGUGUUCUUGAAAGGACAUGCCCAUCCAAAGAAAAAAUUAAUAGCUGUAGAGUAUUAGUUCCUUCAUAUCGGCAGAAGAAAGAUGACAUGUUGAUUCGUAAGAUCCAAUCUUGGAAGAUGGGAACUCCUGUGCCUCCCAUCAGUUUCACCCCUGGUCCGUGCAGUGAGGCGGAUUUACAGAAGUGGGAAGCCAUCCGGGAGGCCAGCAGGCUUAGGCACAAGAAACGACUGAUGGUUGAGAGACUCUUUCAAAAGAUUUAUGGUGAGAAUGGGAGUAAGUCCAUGAGUGAUGUCAGCGCAGAGGAUGUUCAGAACUUGCGUCAGCUGCGUUACGAGGAGAUGCAGAAAAUAAAAUCACAGUUAAAAGAACAAGACCAGAAAUGGCAGGAUGAUCUUGCAAAAUGGAAAGAUCGUCGAAAAAGCUACACUUCAGAUUUGCAGAAGAAAAAAGAAGAGAGAGAAGAAAUUGAAAAGCAGGCGCUUGAGAAAUCUGAGAGAAGCUCUAAGACAUUUAAGGAAAUGCUCCAGGACAGGGAAUCCCAAAAUCAAACAUCUACAGUUACAUCGAGGAGGAGAAUAUAUUCUUCUGAUGAUGAACUGAAUGAACAAAAGCUUCCGCUGACACCGACUAUGUCAGAAGCAAGUUACCAGAGUGAGAGAGUAGAAGAGAAGACAACAACUUAUCCUACAGAAAUUCCUAAACAAGAUUCUACAACUUUUGCAAAAAGAGAGGACGUUCUAACUGCUGAAAUUCCGCUUUCUUCUAAAAACCUUGUGGACGAACAAGGCCCAGCCUCUUUGUCUUCUCAGCGUUCACUGCGUACACAAGUGGAGUCAACUCGAGUUUCAGCUUCUCUCCCCAGAAGUUACCAGAAAACUGAUACAGCCAGGUUAACAUCUGUGGUCACACCGAGACCUUUUGGCUCUCAGUCAAGGGGAAUCUCAUCGCUCCCGAGAUCCUACACGAUGGAUGAUGUUUGGAAGUAUAAUGGAGACAUAGAAGGUGUGAAGAGAACUCAACACAGUACGGUCAGCACCUCUGUGCAAAAACCUGACCCAAGCCAGCCUGCUUUUCGCUCCUUCAGUAAAAGAGAAGCAACGACAUCUGGAGAAGAUAUGAUGAGGUUGCCCUCUCCUACACCCCGCUUCUCAUCUCUUUCCCAGGACCAGGAUGCCACUUCUAAAGCCACGUUGUCUUCAACAUUUGGCCCCGAUUUAACGUCUGAGCUUCAAGAAGGGAGAAGCUCACCACAGACGGAGGUCUCAAGAUCAAAGGAUCAGUUCAGUGAUAUGAGAAUCAGCAUAAACCAGACGCCUGGGAACGGUCUUGACUUUGGGUUUACAGUAAAAUGGGAUAUUUCCGGGAUCUUCGUAGCAUCAGUCGAAGCAGGUAGCCCAGCAGAAUUUUCUCAGCUACAAGUAGAUGAUGAAAUUAUUGCUAUUAACAACACCAAGUUUUCACAUAAGGACACAGAAGAGUGGGAAGAAACCAUGGCUAAUGCUCGAGAAACUGGAAACCUUGUAAUGGAUGUCAGGCGGUAUGGAAAGUCUGAUUGGGGCAAAGACCAGCCUUCCCUGCCAUUUAUACGGCAUAAAACCCUCAAUCUCACCAGUAUGGCUACCAAAAUUAUAGGUUCACCUGAAACAAAGUGGAUUGAUGCAACUUCUGGAAUUUACAACUCAGACAGAUCUUCAAAUCUCUCAAUAACAACCGAUUUCUCUGAAAGCCUUCAGAAUUCUAAUGCUGAAUCCAAGGAAAUAAAUGGAAUUCGUGAUGAAAGCAAUACUUUUGAACUAAAAGCAUCUGAACCUAUUUCUUUGAAAAACUUAAAAAGGCGAUCACAAUUUUUUGAACAAGGAUCAUCAGGCUUUUCUUACAGUUCAUGGGUCUACCUCUGUGGUAAUGGGUCUUUGCGUGUCCUUUGUUCUUCUGAAGGAAGCUCUGACUCUGUGGUUCCUGAUCUUCCAGUUCCAACUAUCAGUGCCCCGAGUCGGUGGGCGUGGGACCAAGAGGAGGAGCGAAAGCGGCAGGAGAGGUGGCAGAAGGAGCAGGACCGCCUGUUGCAGGAAAAAUAUCAACGUGAGCAGGAGAAACUAAGAGAAGAGUGGCAAAAGGCUAAGCAAGAGGCUGAGAGAGAGAAUUCCAAGUACUUGAAUGAGGAACUGAUGGUCCUAAGCUCCAACAGCAUUUCUGUGACCACACGAGAGCCCGCCGUUGCCACCUUGCAAACCACUUGGGGUGAAGGGUCCAAGUCUUCUGACAGGGAAGGAACCCGAGUGGGAGGAGAGGAGAAGAGACAGCAGCAAGAGAGAGAUGUGAAUGAGGACCAAAGGGAGAAGCGGCAGGAACAACUCACUCUUCAGAAAGAGAGGGAACUGAAGGAGCAGCAGUAUCAGGAGGAACAGGAGCGGAAGCGGCGGCAGGCGGAGGCUGAGGAGCAAAGGCGCCGUGCGGAGGAACAGACACGCCAGGCAGAGAGAGAGAGAGAAACAUCAGUCAAAAUAUACCAGUAUAGAAGGCCUGUGGAUCCCUAUGACAUACCAAAGAGAGAAGAAGAAUCUUCAGGGUUGCAUUCUAGUGACAGGAAUAAAUCCAGAUCCACUACUGAGCUGGAUGAUUACCCCACAAAUAAAAAUGGAAGCAGUAAAUACUUAGACCGAGUUGGGAGCAGUAGCUCAUCACAGAGGAGCUCCAAGAAGGAACAAGUCCCAUCAGAAGCAGAGUUGGAGAGACAACAAAUUCUUCAAGAAAUGAGGAAGAGAACAUCCCUUCACAAUGACAACAGCUGGAUCCGGCAGCGCAGUUCCAGUGUAAAUAAAGAGCCUAUUUGUCUGCCUGGGAUUAUGAGAAGGGGUGAAUCUCUAGAUAACCUGGAUUCCCCAAGAUCCAAUUCUUGGAGACAGUCCCCUUGGCUCAGUCAGCCUGUAGGAGUCUAUGCUUCUUCCUCUGUUCAAGACUUCAGUCGCCCACCGCCUCAGCUGGUGUCCACGUCAAACCGUGCCUAUAUGCGAAAUCCGUCCUCCAGCAUACCUGCUCCUUCCGCUGGUUCUCUGAGGGCCACCAAUGCACCUUCCCCCACACCACGAAGCCAUUUCUCUUCUCCUUCAUCAUCAGGCUCCCAGCUACGCAACAGGUCAGUCAGUGGGAAGCGCGUAUGCUCCUACUGUAAUACCAUUCUGGGCAAAGGAGCCGCCAUGAUCAUCGAGUCCCUGGGUCUUUGUUAUCAUUUAUAUUGUUUUAAGUGUGUGGCCUGUGAGUGUGACCUCGGAGGCUCUUCCUCAGGAGCCGAAGUCAGAAUCAGAAACAACCAACUGUACUGCAACGACUGCUAUCUCAGAUUCAAAUCUGGACGGCCAACCGCCAUGUGAUGUAAACCUCCAUGUGAAAGCACUGUUGCAGAUAGAAGAAGAGGUGGUUGCUGCUGAUGUAGAUCUAUAAAUAUGUGUUGUAUGUCUUUUUUGCUCUCUUUUUUUAAAAAAACGAAUAACACUUUUUUUGGCCUCUUUAGAUGACAACAGAGCAUUAUAGUCUUGGUAGAACCUGUUUUUUUGUUGUUUAUUUAUAAGAAGGUAAUUACGUGUGAGGAAAAGUGCAGUAUUUACUUUCUGAGUUUAGCAUCUUAAAAGUACAUGGGAAAAAAGAACUUUGAAAUAUUUUUGAGGCUGAUAAUGAACUAGUUUGACUUUCUGGUGGUGUUUUGAAGAGGGUUUUUUAUUGUUUUUUUUUUUUUUAAAGGUUCUGAAACAUUAUUUGAAAUAGUUAAUAUAAAUAUGUAAUUGCAUUUAUUUGCUCUUGCAAUGUAUGCUAAAUUAAUACAAAGCCACAUGGAAAAUUUCACUAUAAUCCACUCCCAAAUUUGCUUUCUGUAUCUUUUUCAACUAUAUAUUAUGAUUUUAAGAAAAUCAGCUUAUAAAAAUUUUAUUUGCUUGAUGAGGAAAGCUCUGUGUUCUUUACCAGAAUUGUCACUAAGCAAUUUCCAGUAGAAAGCUGCUGCUCAUUAAUGAAAAAUCAUCAUAGUUUGUAUACCAGAACUUUUCUCCAGAAACUAGUAAGCUUUUCUGUUCAACUACAUUUGUAAAUAAACUUGCUGAUGCAUUUAA